UGGCUAUGGACUAUGGUGGGCUGCACCGGAGCCCACUUUGCUCUUCCUUCAUAUAGGCGCAAGCCGAUGAUUACUUUCCUCAGUUGUAAGUGGUUCCUCUCCGCCAAUGAAUCCAUAGGUGUGAGGAGUCUUUCAGAGUUAGAGUCUGAGCACUCGGUCCAGGUCGCUAUGAUGGCUGCUCGUAAAGCCGAGCUUGCUCAGAAACAGAAGGAGAAGUCUGCCAACCCUCCUCUCUCAAGCAAAAACGAUGAAGAGCUCCUUCCUACUGACGAUGGUGACGAGACUUCUGAGGAGGAGUAUGUGGAUAUAGAUAUCGACCAAGAAGAACUUGAUGCAGGUAGGACAGCCGACGACCAUGAGUCGCUCGCUUCCCGUCGUGCGAGAUUCAGGCCUGGUGGCCAAGCUCCUACCCAGGUUGAUACACGUGGCCAGUCCACGCACGAACGACCCGUUGGUUCUAUGAGGGGUGAUAUUCCGAAAAAGAAAAAGAUCGCUCAUAAACCACACGUUGGUCAACGCUCCUAUGAAGUGGAUUUAGGAGACUUCGCCGACAGGGAGGAAGAGGGCGAACUCCCAUUGUCUCCCGUAUUCACUGGUUCUGAUAAUAUGGAUAGCUUCAUGGAGCAGAUGUGCGACGCCCUUCGUGACGGUUCUCUGGGUAUCGAUCUAAACAUUGAUCUUGGACAGGUGAAUAGUGUUGAGCCCACCGUUCCAUAUUCAGGUAUAUCUACAUCCGAUGAUACCCUCCUCAAACAUGGGGAAAGAGAAUCUUCUGUUCUUGCUGCAGGUAUUUCUGAGCUUUCCCUUCUUCCUUAUCUUCUUAUACAUAUCUCCAACAUUUAG